UUGCUCCCACAACAACAAAUAAUCUUUUGCUGCCGGUUCAUUAUUUCGUUACGCAUUGCAACAAAUUACACAAAAAUUGUUAAUUUAUUUCGUUAAGUGUUUUGUUUAAAGUUAUCACGAUGUUAAGGAGUAAAGUUUGUCGUAUCAUGCAUGCUGCUUGCAGUUCGCCGCCCUGUAUAAGCCCUACAGUCUUAUGCAAAAAUGGGUCCUUCGAUAAGAUAUCAUUGCAUCAGUCUUUUGCUGCGGGAGUGCAUAAUCAUAUCAUUCAGCAAAGGCGUGGCAUUAACUCAACCACGACAUGGAGCCAGCUCAAUGAGAUGAAAACACAUUCGCCACAGCAGGAAGCACCGCAAAAGUUCUCGCCCUCGAUAAACCAAUUCACAACACGUUCUCAUAAUUGUGGAGAGUUAAGGCUGUCCCAUGUCGGCCAGGAAGUCACGCUGUGUGGAUGGUUGGAGUUUUCCCGGAUGAAUAAGUUUUUCACUCUGCGCGAUGGUUACGGCACGGUGCAAGCCCUUCUACCCGAAGCAGUGAGCGAAAGGUUCAGCUUGGAUGGAUUGGCCUUUGAAUCAAUCCUGCGCGUCACAGGAACGGUACAGCCCCGUCCUGAAGGUCAAGCGAACAAAACCAACCCGACCGGAGAGAUUGAAAUCCAUGUGAGCGGCUUAGAGGUGCUAAAUGAAGCAAAGAAACGACUUCCCAUCAACGUGAAGGACUACAACCGAGCGAAAGAAAACCUUCGCCUUGAGCACCGGUACAUCGAUCUGCGAAAUCGCGACCUUCAGCACAACCUGCGCCUUCGCUCGCAAAUAAUCAUGCAGAUGCGAGAAUGUAUGAUCAACGAUUACGGUUUCGUGGAGGUCGAAACGCCCACCUUAUUCCGCAGAACACCUGGGGGGGCACAAGAGUUUGUCGUCCCAUCCAGGAAACCGGGACACUUUUACUCACUCGUCCAAAGCCCGCAACAGUUCAAGCAGAUGCUGAUGGUGGGAGCAAUCGAUCGUUACUUCCAAAUCGCUCGCUGCUACCGGGACGAAUCGACCCGACCCGAUCGGCAGCCCGAGUUUACCCAGCUCGAUAUCGAGCUUUCCUUCACCGAUCGCGAAAGCGUUAUCCAGCUGAUCGAACAAGUGUUGACGAAAUCGUGGCCCUACAGUGAUAAUCCCAUUCGGGCACCGUUUCCACGCAUGACUCUUGCGGAAGCGAUGGAGCGAUUUGGCAGUGACAAACCGGACACGAGAUUCGGUUAUGAACUACAAAACAUGACCAAAACGCUUGGGGCUGGACUUACCGUGCCGGCUGGUGUACGGGAGCAGGACUUUCGGGUGUACGGAGUCGUUGUUCGUGCGGAGGAAGCUCGAAAGUUGCCUACGGGGUUGAAGAAAUCGCUUGAGGAAAUAGCGAAACAGAGCAACUUCUCUAAGUUUACCCAGAGCAAAGUGACGCCCGAGUGGAGUUCGGGACCGAUUCAACGAUUACUUGGCAAGGAAUCGGCUGACGCGUUGAGCGACCAACUGUCCUUGCAGCCGGACGAUCUGCUCCUGCUUGGCUGGGGAAAGCAAACUUAUGUUCAAAACUUGAUGGGCAGGAUACGACUGGCUACGUACGAAGCCCUAGAAGAGCGCAAUCUAGCACCAAAACGACAGUCCCACGCGCACAACUUCCUCUGGGUGGUGGAUUUCCCCAUGUUUAGUGAGAAUGAAGAGACGGGCCAGAUCGAAAGCACCCACCAUCCCUUUACGGCACCCCACCCAGAAGAUGCGGCCGCACUGGCGGACGGUUGCAGUGAAAACAUUUACAAAAUUCGAUCGCUAGCUUACGAUCUCGUAUGGAAUGGGGUCGAAAUCGGCGGUGGAUCGAUCCGUAUACACAACAGCCAGCUACAGCGAACGGUGCUGAAGGAUGUGCUGAAGAUCGAGCAUGCUCAUCUUCACCAUCUGCUGGACGCGCUGGAAAGUGGUGCCCCACCGCACGGCGGCUUUGCCAUCGGGCUCGAUCGCUACGUGGCGCUGCUGUGCAAUGCGCCGUCCAUACGGGACGUGAUUGCCUUUCCCAAGAGUGCCGACGGUAAGGAUCCGCUCUCGAAGGCGCCCGUCCCGAUCAGCGAGGAAGAGAAGCAAAUAUAUCACAUUCAAGUUGUAGAGUGAGUAUAAUGAGAUCGUUUUGUUCGUUAGUAGUCGAAGAAGCGUGUUGAUUAAACAAAUCUGCAAUUAUUGUCUCGUACAAAAGUGA